CCUUAUUACUUGAUUAAAAAAGACCUAAAUAAAAAUAUCAAAUGUAUUGCCUAAAAUGGAAAACAAGAAGGGUAGCUCCACAUCCAUUGAUUUUGUUGGGCCGGGUCGGGCGUCGACAUGGGUACGUAGCCCACUUCAAAACCAUACAAUCUAGUAGCGCUCUACAAAAAAAAAAAGAUUUUUUUUUAAAAACUAAAACCAUACGAUCGGCACUUUCCGGAAACAGGUACAUAAUGCGUGGAUGUUGAAAAGGAGCGGCUUUCAAAUUCCGUAGCAAAAUCCCCUUUUUCCUGUCCUCUGUUCGUUGCAGUUGCUGUCACCAUUUCCAGUUUAUCCGAACUGCGUGGUUAUGGUACUGGUUGGUUGUAGCGUCACCAAUUCCAAUUCCUUCGAGCUAGCUUUCUCUCUUUCUCUCCUCAGCUGCCGCUAGGAAUCAUGGAGUUGAUUAAUCCAAAUUUGAUCAACGCUUGUCCUUUCCGCACCAGCCGCCGUAGCGAUGUGCAGCUCCGAACUCCGGGUUUCCCCUCCGCGGUCUCCAGGAAUCGGCUGUCGCCGGCGUUUCGAGUUUCUGCUGCUGUGACCACCACCGGUCCGACCUCGAGAAAUGGAAACGGGGCCAGCACGAGCAGGAGCGUGGCAGUUGCCAAGGAAGCCAACGGGGCAGCUGCCGCUGCUGUGCAAUUAAGCAAGGCUAUGGAGCAGCUCGACUUCGAGCGCGGCGUCUGCGUGCCUUUCCGCAAGUACUCCCCGGAGACAGUGAGGAAUAAGGUGUUGGAAACCAGAGGGAGCACUUUGUCUCUGCUGCUAAGAGGAGUGGAGAUUGUGUGGAGUCUGGGGUUUUAUUGGUCGACCUUGAUGUAUGAUUACUUCGUUGGAAGGGAUGAAGAGGUGGUUCCUUUUCGUGCUCGUCAGCUUAGGAAUCUCCUGUGUGAUUUGGGGCCUUCCUUCAUUAAAGCCGGUCAGGUUCUUGCCAACAGACCUGAUAUAAUCAGAGAAGAUUAUAUGAACGAAUUGUGUAUUCUUCAAGAUGAUGUGCCUUCGUUCCCUAAUCAGAUUGCUUUCAAUAUCAUAGAAGAAGAUUUGGGUCAACCGCUUGAGGCUGUUUUCAGUCAGAUUUCAUCAGAGACAAUUGCAGCUGCAAGCUUGGGUCAAGUUUAUCGUGCUACCUUAAGGGAAACUGGUGCUGAAGUUGCAAUCAAGGUCCAACGGCCUAACAUAGAGCCUAUAAUCUACCGGGACCUUUUCCUUUUCAGAACUCUUGCUUCAUUCCUAAAUGGGAUCAGCUUACAGAAGUUGGGAUGCAAUGCCGAGCUCAUUGUAGAUGAAUUUGGAGAGAAGCUUCUUGAAGAGCUUGAUUACACCUUGGAAGCCCGGAAUAUCGAAGACUUUCUGGAGAACUUCAAAGAUGAUCCAACUGUUAAGAUUCCUAAGGUUUACAGAAAGCUUUCAGGAUCACGUGUUAUAGUUAUGGAAUGGAUUGACGGUAUUCGGUGUACUGACCCACAGGCAAUCAAGGAUGCAGGCAUUGAUGUUAAUGGAUUCUUAACACUUGGGGUUAGUGCUGCUUUGCGGCAGUUGCUUGAAUUCGGUUUAUUUCAUGGGGACCCACAUCCUGGAAAUAUUUUUGCCAUGCGGGAUGGCCGUAUUGCGUAUGUAGAUUUUGGGAAUGUUGCUGUGCUUAGUCAGCAAAAUAAGCAGAUACUGAUUGAUGCCGUCGUUCAUGCUGUGAAUGAGGACUAUGCCGAGAUGGCAAAUGACUUCACCAGGCUUGGUUUCCUGGCUAGUGGAACAGAUGUGGCUCCUCUCGUUCCAGCCCUGGAAGCCAUUUGGCAGAACUCAGUUGGGAAAGGACUUGCUGAUUUUAACUUCAGAAGUGUUACAGGGAAAUUCAACCAGCUGGUUUACAAUUACCCCAUUCGCAUACCGGAUAGAUUUUCUCUUGUUAUCCGGUCUUUGUUAACUCAAGAGGGUAUUUGCUUCACCCUGCAGCCAGAUUUUAAAUUUCUUGAGGUUGCCUACCCUUAUGUGGCAAAGCGCCUUCUAACUGAUCCAAAUCCAGCUCUCCGUGAGCGCCUCAUACAGGUUCUUUUCAAGGACGGCGUUUUCCAGUGGAAGCGGCUGGAGAAUCUCAUUGUCCUUGCAAAAGAGAACGUAGCCAAGAUGAGCACCAACCCCGCUAUACAAACAAAGAACACAUCUGUGAAAAGUACCAAAGACUGGCAAUCACAAAGCAAGCUAGAUUUGACUGAUACCAUCAAAGAUGGAGCUCGUCUAUUCUUUAUCGACGAGGGAAUUCGGAGACAGCUCCUUUUGGCUUUCACUGAAGACUCAAAGCUUCACAUACAAGAGCUUGUGGAUGUAUACAGACUGCUUGAAGGUGAAAUAGAUAUACCUACAGUUGCUACGGAGGUUGUAAGAGAUUUUCCGACGAUUGUCCGGGAUCUCAUGCUCUCAUGGACCGAUUCAGUCCUAUCGGACAGGCGGUAAUGAUGGCGCUCGUUUGUCGAUGGUAACAAAAUCUGCAUAGCUAGCUGCCCAAGGGUUUAGGCAAUUCUUAUUUUGGCCAUUGUGUAGAGAUUGUAUAUGAGCAGUGAAAAUGUAUAGUAAGAUUUUCAAUACAGACCGGCAUUCUGAAGAGUGUGCAAAGAUAUCAGCCUUCUGAAUUUUCCUGAUGAAUAUAUAAAGGUGGGUAGAAAACUUUUUUGACGGUUCGUCUAGAAGGAGCAAUUUUACAACAAAACUACGGACUUAUUUGUUCAGAAUUGUUAAUGUGAAGGUCCUAAUUGUUAAAAAUUCAAAAUAUAGGGGAUCUGUAAGGAUAAUAAACAACUCAAUCCAAAAGAUAUACGGAGAAGAGACUUCGCCUGCUGCCCCUACUUCGACUUUCGAAACUCACCACUGAUCGCUCAGUGCGCUCGCAGCAAGAGAGUCAGAGGACCUCCGGCGUCUGUCUCCUCGUCGAAACCUUGUCGGCGAUCUUCGUUGUGCCCCUCAAACGAAAGCCGAUGCCGAAUUGUGGAUUUUUACGGUUUGCACAGGUUGAACCCUGGAUUUGUGCUGAUGCUGCUCGCUACUCUGGAUUUCCGACUGUUUUUGUGCUCCUUCAGCCCUUUUUAACUUGAGCAGUAGAAUUAAUGCCGAAAAUAAAUGGGAAUCGGUUUUCUGUGUGAAUUGAUAUUUCUAUGAUUUAAUUUCAUGGCAUUAUGAGCUAUUAUCCCUUUUUACAGUUGGAUUAAGUGUCUUAAUAUUUUUUUUAGAUCUAUUUGUCAAGGACCCUAAACCACAUCACCUCACCAUGCAGUACUAGCUUUGAAGAAUGGGGAAGGAGAUGCAUGGCAGUUUCGAUCUUCGAAGCAAGGGAUAGAAUAGAAAGGAGGAAACAUUUCUUAUUUGACACACCGUUUUGAACAAUAUAGUUAUUAAUUGGUUGUUUUUAACAUUGUAAACGGAUGUAACUACACGUUUUUAGCUUAAUUAGUUUAAAUUUUUUUAGAGCCAGACCAAAUGUUGAACCGGAAAGUUUAAUGAGAUAUGAUUCAAGGGUUAAUUGUUAUAAAAGCGUUAGUUAUUCGUUCAUGCAUUAACACGUAAAAGUCGUAUAAUACACUGAUUUAGAACUGAAGUAAUCAUUAACCAUAAACAUUUUCAAAUCCAUAUCAUCUAUCAACAAAAAUUCAGAAAAAUAGUUCAACUAUCUCACAAAAAAAUCAUAAAUUUUAAAAUUCAAGUUAAUAAGCAUGAUGGCGAUUGGUUUUGGACCACGUAAAGCCGAUUUGGAGAUAGAAAACAAAGGAAAGGAAGACUAAAUAGAAUUAGUAAUUGAGGUGAAUGAUAUUAGUUUACUUUAAAGUAUAUUUUGUGUGGUCAAAAUAGUGAAUAAGUGGACAAGUCAAAUUAGGAUGGUUCAUGAGGUUUUAUGUCAAACCGUUCGGUCCAUUCAUAACCAUCCAAGCAAAGCAAAUGAACGGGACCACUAUUGUAAUUGGUUUAUCAAAAAUGAUAAACAUGGUGCACAAAAAUAACAAAGUUUACAAACAUUACAAAAGAAACCGACAAACAUUACAAAAUAACAAAGCGUACAAACAUUACAAAAUAAACCGACAAACAGUACAAAGCAUACUAACCGUACAAAAUGCCACUAAAAAUGACAAACAAAAAUGAUAAACAAUACAAACCUAAUCUAUACAAAUAUUACAAAAUAAGUCACCAAACAUCACAAAUCCAGCACUGUCGCCGGAAAGUCUCCUCCGAUCAGUAGAAAAUAUAUAUCUCUCUCUCUCACAGCAAAGCAUAAAUGGUGCCAAAAAAGCCACCGCCGGGGAAUUCAAAAAAGGCCGGCUCUCCGCCGGGAAGAAUUAAUCGCCCCAUGAGUGCGGCAACUUCGCCAGUGGGCCCAUCAUAUUUUUAUUUUAAUGAUUAAAUAAAUAACUUGUAUAAUUACUACAAUAUCCUUAAUUAAAAUGGAUUAAUCUU